AUGGAUUGGCGGCAUAAGAUGAGAAAAGCUUGGUUUGCUGUCUCUUCGAGAGUCAAGUUUCGUAAAUCUGGUUCAGGAGGGGGCAGGGGAGAUGCAGCUCGUAGGAGUGCUAGUGGAUUGUUGAAGCUACAAGAUGAUGUACAAAUGUGUGGGUAUAGAGAUGUGGAAGUGAUGUGGAAAAUGUUUAUCGAAUCCAAUCCAGAGCAAAUGGCCGCAUCAGUAAUGACUUCAACUUCAAAAACCCCCACCACCAGCAAGCAAAGCCAAAUGCCUUCUUCUUUGAGGCUUACUGGAAAGUUCUUGGACCUUGGCUAUACAUAUGUAGAACCAACCAUCAAUGUUGCAACUCUUGGAUCUUGGUGGGUUAACUUGUGCCCCUUUAAGAAAUUUUGUAAACUAAGAUUGAUAUGGGAUGCUGACCUCAACUUUCUCCAUCUGGAUAAUCCAGACUGUAAAACCAUGGUUUCAGCUCUCGUUACAGUGUUUGUUUUCAAUGAAUUCCUAAGACUUGGUGCUUACUAUGCACUGUAUACUAGGUAA